AUGAGCUACGAUGAAAUGCAAGGUACUUCUGAAGGUGCUGGUCCCAGUUCACCUUUGAAUGGAUAUCAUCGAUCAUAUGAUAAGAAGUGAGUUUGAAAUAUAAGCUUUCAAGAUAAAUUGGCCUUGAAAAAUUUUCAAAAUCUAGUCGAUUUAGCUUCAAAACUAAAUUUUGAAGUUCACGUACCUUUACGUCAUUUCAAUGAGAAUUGAAAAUCUUAUGGGCCAAUUUUGAUUUUAUCGUGUUUUUCGAUAUUUGAUUACCUAUUUUUAAAAGUUUUACACAAAAUUAACAACUUUUAAUGGUAUAAUCUCAUCAGUUUUUAACUGGGUUUUGAAGAAAUAUGCAAAAUAAAAGUUUUCGAGAAAAAAUUCUAAAUUAUUGAUAUAAAUAUAUUUUAUAUAGUCCAAUUAGUUCACAUUUGGGAAUCAAUUCAGAUUAAUUAUAAAUUCAAUACAAUGUAUUGACAAACAACUUGAUAGAACUUAAAUGAAAAACUCGAAAUUUUUCAUAAGGUAACUUGAUAUGUCGGAAAACUUCUGGAAACUAGAAAUAUUUUAACUUUUUUUUUCAGAUACUUGGCUAAUCUACCUCCGACUCCAAAAAAACAAGGAGGAGGAAGGCCAAAAUCUCGGGAAGAACCAAUGAUGAUGCCAAUUCCAGAAGAUCUUAUCAGUGAUGAAGAUAUGGUGCGAUUAAAAAGAGAUACAAAACACUUAUCGUUUCCAUUGGUUCUGGAAAUUUUACACGAUCGGGCGUAUAAUGUUGAUGAUACCAUUAACUAUUGCAAGGAUAAAGUUGUUCCAAAUAUGGUUUGCCCCAUUUCUGAACAAUUAAUUGCUGCAAGUUCUUAUGGAUUGAAAAGAAAGAAAAUGAGCACAGUUAUCAACCACAAUCCAUUAUAUCAUCGGUUUUUCUUGAAAAAAUUUGUAAGUUAUCAAAACUUUUUAUAAUCCUUCUAAUAUAAAUUUGACUUGUUUCAGUUCAAAGAAGAAACCAAUCAUUUGGUGGAAUUUUAUCAAAAUAACAAGAAAAAACUACCGGUUUUGAUUGGACCACAACAUACAAAAUACGCCGAUCCAGAUCAAGUGGAGUAUUUGAGAGUUCAAAAUGCACAAUAUAUAAUUGAUUGUGCCGACCAAAGGAAGAAAAACCGAGAAGUGAAUCGAAUUGCAAGAUUGGAAGCGUUGGCAAAGAAACAAAGAGAUGGUAUAUUACCAAAAUUACCAAAGAAGAAAAACGUGUUUGCAACACCAAUCGAUCGACCGAGAAGAUGCAAACCCAAAGUUGAUUUCUAUUCCCCGGAACCAGUUAUAACAAAACAUGGAAAUGCAAUUUUAACCAAAACACCUCCGAAGCAACCACCAAUUAUAAUGCCCAAGGCACGAGUAGUUUUGCCACCAACUCAACCAACUCUACCCCCUCCAAAGCAAUCAUUCAUGAAACCCAAGCCACAAGAUGUGUUGCCUUCAAAUCCACCAACUCCACUACCUCGAAAGCAACCAGUCAUAGUGCCCAAGCCACGAACUGUUUUGCCAACAGUUCCACCAUCAGCAAAACCAAAAAUUGUUGUUCAACCCUCAUCUUCACUUCAAGCUCGACGUAAAAAAAUACUCACUCCACCGGCUGAACCAAACAAUCAAAGUGUGAUGCCUGCAAUGUCGGAACAAAAAAUUUCAACUCGGAACAAUUCAGUUGUGGAACACACAUUUAAUGUCACAAAAAAUGAUUAUCAAUUUGAAACAACUAGUACAUCAAUUGCUUUUACUCCAUUCUUGACUGUUAGAAAAUCAAUUGGAUCUAAAGAAAACAAUGUUCCAUCUACCUCAACACCCACAAAUGAUAUGACCAAAGAAAAUGAAUCGGCCAGAGAAUCUACAAGGGCAUCUUCAACAGCAUCUUCAACAUCGUCAUCGACCAAAAGAGUUACACGAUCUAGCAAUUCUGAUGAUUUGUUCACCACAGGACUCGAUGUGUAAGUCUACAUAUUUUGAGAAAAAAAGUAAACAUGUAUUUUCAGAAUGAAAAGAAAGAAACGAGAUUACGAAAGGACGUUUAAUGGAAUGUUUUGGAAAAAGGGAGCGUAAGUUGAACAUUUUAUCCUAAUUAAUUUAAUUCAAAUACAUUCUUAUUUCCAGGCCUCCACCUACUCUUCCUGCUAAAAAGCGGAAAAUAAACAAACCGGAAAAGAAAACUGAAGACAAAAAAGAUGGAAAAGUUAAGAAGCGGAAGGCUAGAAAACGAAUUUUCGGAACUCAUAAACAUCAAUAUGAAAAGAGAAGAGCUUUUCUUUAUAUGAAACAGAUGAAAGAGUAAGUCAUAAACAUUUCUUUACCGAAUAAUAAAAGUUGAAAAACACAUAUUAUUUCAGGGAAGGCAUUCCCACAGUGUCCGGCGCACUUAUUCCUGUCAUCGAUCUUGCCAAUCAACCAUCAACUUCAUCAAAGCCAAAAACUAGAUCGGUUAGAGUCAACCCUACACCAGUCAAGCAACGCCCUCGUAUAAAUUCGCCUUCGCCAACGCCUUCACCACCGUCUCCUCUACCAAGACGACCGCCUUCACCAUCGCCAGACCGAGAUCCAAACGAACCACGAAGAGUUCCAACACCAGAAGGUCACUUAGGAAAUAAAUAUGUUCAUUUUGGAAUAGAUUUGGAAGAUGAAUUUGGUAAUCGGAUGGCACGAACGUAAGUUGUAUUAGAUUUUUUUUCAAUUCAUAAUGAAAUGUUUUGCAGUCCAACUCCAACGCCUCCUCCACCGUCACCACCUCCACUAUUCCAAGAAGGUCGACCACGAAGAAUCAUUCAACCAAAAAUUUUCUUUGGCAUGAGAGUUGAAAAACGUACACAAAGUUACGUCUAA